AUGCUGGACCGGCGUCUCUGUUGCACCCUCCUCAUCAUGCUCUCCUCGGUAUCCGCGGCCGUCGGGACGAUCGACAAAGGGAAGGAUUGCGCUGGCUCGGACGUUCGCGAUCUCACAACUACGUGUUCCGGGGAAUUCUCGAUUUCUUACGUGACGACCCCCAGCCAUGAGGUGGCUGAGAAGCUAGCCACCUCUUUGGUGGAAGCGCGUUUAGCUGCGUGCAUCAAUAUCAUCCCUAAAGUCACCUCUAUCUAUCGAUGGCAAGGGAAGAUCAACAAGGAUUCGGAGGCGCUGAUGAUGAUCAAGUCCCCGACUAAAUCCGUUCGGGAUCUGACGGAAUUCGUGAAAGCGAACCAUCCGUACGAGGUGUGCGAAGUGAUUUCGCUGCCGAUCGAGACCGGGAACAAGGAAUACCUGCAGUUUUUGCAUGACGCGACCGUAGGCAACAAACACUGACGCUUGAAGGGACCCCGAAGUCUCCCGGGGUCAUCUUACGUUGAAGCGAUGUGAUCAAUAAAGGCCUGCACGCGUCCAAUUCGA